GAGCGUGCCAUCCAGAGGCAGAAGAGGAGUCUCUUGUCUGUCUGUGUCCAUGUCUCCGCUUUGUUCUGACAAAGACCCCCAGCGUCCCGCCUGCUGCUGUUCUCCCACCUCUGGAUUUAAGUCGGCCGGAAUACCACCGGGACCAUCCUCUCAUCAUUCCGCGCUGCCACGUUCGGAUGGGAGGCAAAGUUGGACCUCUGUGGACUGCACAAUGGGUGACAAACACUUUGGCUUUUCUUGCGCUUUUCAGAGUUUCCUAGCAUCCAGGAUGACCUCACUUUUCUUCAGUCGAAGAGUUUUUAUACGUAACACAAAUUGAGCGCCUUCUCUUUUGCUUUUGUCUGUUUAAAAGUAGGUUAGCUAUUUGGGAAUAUAACAUUUUGAACUUGGCUUGUGAGGCACCUCUUGAUGUGAAAGAUGAGUGGGGAAGAAGGUUAGAAACAUGUCUCCAUCUCCCCCCCUCUCAGAAGUCAGUUCUAACCUUGUUCUAAAAAUGUGACUGUAGCACAUUUUUGUGCUCUUCGAUACAUUUAUAUUUUUAUUACUUUUGUCCUUGACUGGACUCUAUACGGUGGACUACAUCUGAUUUUACAGAUCUUCCCUCUCCAAGGGAACUGUCAAGUUAAACUCUUUGCUGUUAACCCACUUAGUUGCCCAAUCUCCCCUUUGGGGGUUUCCUUCAAACAUCUGUCCUACUCUAGUUUUCUUGAGGAAAGCAAAAAGACAAAUCAGCACAGGGAGCACAGGGAAAGAAGACACCCCCCUCCCAAAGGUGUGAGGGGGGCAGAAGAUGGCAGCUCUCGCCAGCUCUCUCAUCAGACAGAAACGGGCAGUAAAGGACGACCAAGCCAACCGACCGGUCGCCAACAAGCGCAAGCCCUGUCCCAAGAGCAACAAGUCCUUGUGCCAGAAGCAGAUUCUGGUGUUGAUAUCCAAGGUUCGACUAUGCGGGGGUCGGAAAGGUCGUAACGAGAAAAGACCAGAGCCGCAACUAAAAGGCAUUGUUACUCGCCUGUACAGCCAACAUGGUUUCUACCUGCAGAUGCAGCCUGACGGCACCUUGGGCAGCACGAAGGACGAAAGCAGCGCAUUUUCACAGUUCAACUUAAUCCCGGUGGGACUGCGGAUUGUGGCAAUUCAGGGGACAAAAACAGGGUUGUACCUCGCCAUGAACAGCGAAGGAUACCUCUAUACCUCGGAACACUUCACUCCCGAGUGUAAGUUCAAGGAGAGCGUGUUUGAGAACUACUAUGUUACGUACUCGUCCAUGCUCUACCGCCAGACCCAGUCCGGACGCUCCUGGUACAUCGGCAUUAACAGGGAUGGUCACAUCAUGAAGGGCAAUCGGGUGAAGAAGACCAAGGGGGCCGCACAUUUCUUACCGAAAGUCAUAGAAGUCGCAAUGUACAAGGAGCCGUCGCUGCAUGAGCUCGCCAGCGAACCGGUGAGUCCUCCUCGGAAGACAGCGAAGACGUCAGACUCGCCAACGCUCAAGAAUGGACGGAAAGAGUCUCCCCGGGCAGACGCCUCAUAGCACAGGAGAUUGAGGGUGGGACAAAAGGGCAGAAGUGACACUGGCAACUCGGUUGCCCAUAAUGCAUUGAGCGUGGCUGAAGAAACAGCUCCUGCCGGCCACCGCGACCCAGAAUUGCGCUUCCAGAUGCUGAGAGUUAAAGAGCCAGGUGAAGGCCUGAGAGAGAGGAGUCCCCGCCCUCACCUGAAGCCACAGAAAGAAAGCCCCAGAUUUGUAACAACCCACCCAACUUCCUCAAAUAUAUCUCUCUCUCUCUUUCACUAUGUCUCCUGUGACGUCAUAAUUCACAUGUCCCUUUAUUUUCCUGCCAGACUCAAGCUUCUUUUUCUAUUUGCUCUGUUGUACUCAAUGUUCAACCCUAACAAAUUUCCCUCCUGACUCGGCGUCAUAAUCCUAACCCAUGGGGAGCUCCUAUUGAGCCUCAAAGUUGGUGACAGCGUGGUUCUGCCUCACCCAAGCUCUCCACCCACCAUCUGCCCACCAGCUAAAGUAAUAACCAGGGUCCUCUAAAGCUUAAAUCGAGAUGAAACGGAUCAGAGGGGAAAGCAAUCAGCAGGGAGCCUGAGUCAGGUCAUACCAGCACGCCAACGUAAGCAAAGCAAGUUUAUCACAUCAAAAACUAAAACCUGUUGUCAAAAGGGUUUUUUUUGUUGUUUUUUUCUUGUUCUUCCUGUGUAUCUUAUAAAAGUUCGAAGUGAUGAUGACUUCAGCCUGUCAAAUGUAAGAAAGAUGAUGAAAUUGUUGAUUACUAGUGUUAAAACAAAAAAGGUGCUAUAACAAUCCCAGUCAGACAGAACAAAAUACAAACAAAAUAAAGCAACUAAAGCCAUGACAAAACUCUAAACAAUUUGAUUAAUAUUUCUCAAGGAAAUUGUUAAAAAAAAAAAUUACAUUCAGAGAAAUAAUAAAAGAGGAAAACUCCGUCCUUCCUGUGAUCGCUACCACACCAUCGCUAAUUACUGCGCGCGCUCAUCAAAGACAACAAAUGAGCAACCCGGACGCAAAGUUAAACCCGGGGCGGAUCUGAGUUCAGAUGCAUGGAAAAAGGUGCACUAAUGUAUACUUCAGUCAGCAUCUGCUGUCAGCAUAAAUCCAGGUUUGAAGCCCAACAUCAAAGCCACGCAGCCUAUGAGCCGGAGCACUUGUUAUUCCGAGGACGUCUGGCAGCUUAUCCACUCACUCACUUUAUCAAAUCACCUUGGAAGAAUUGCCCUCAAAAAAAAGGAAAGGAAAAAAAAAAUGGAGUUGUCUGAGUGAAUGUCCUGGUGUGACAGUGUUUUAACCCCAGCGAGUGGAUGUGUGUAGAUGGACAGCUAGAGUGAAUGAGAGCCUGUGCAGGGGGAUAGAUGGAGGAAAUGUGGGUAGCAUCUUCUGUGUCCUUCACACUAAGCUCAGCGUCGUGUCUUCGAUACGUCGGCUCCUGUGAGUAAGUGAUAUUUCAUCUGUCUUGUGAACAAAUUCGCAGUGACUCUUGUCCGACGCACGAUUUAAAAUAGCAUUGUUUCAGGGCCGCCUCAGUGCAUCAGACUGAGAAUGUAUUUCGUUCAAUUAAGUAACUUUUCUCUUUUUUGGGGGGGAAGAAGGGGGUAAAAUAGAAACUUUAGGCUAUAAAAGCAGAGUCAUCAGCGUAUGUGUUUAUCAGCACAAUAUUAACACAAAACCUUGUUUUGCCAGGAAAAUAGUGAGUGGAAAGUGCAGAGAACAAACAAGAAAAUGUGCUCAUUAUGUGUCUAAGGUGGUAAAUUAAUGUGAGGAAGGUUUACAGAAUGUGACAUAGAAGACUUAUGAAUGUGCACUACAGAGGGUGAAAGCAAGUCUGGAAUAAAAGAGUGAAAAUGCAAAAGAUGUAUUGGCGGUUAGUUGGGAAGUGUGAAGGAUUAGCAGGUGUAUUCUUGGGGAAUGUCGAUAAGGAAGUUGUGCUGCAGAGGAAGCAGGAGAGGUUCGACUUGCAGCAUGUAGAUAUGACAAUGAGACAGAGCGACAUUGCAUUCAGUUUAUAACAUGGAGCGUAGUUGGAGAGAAUUAGUUGAAGGGCUUCACUCAACCCUCCCCCUUUGCUAAGUCUUUGCAUUUUUGGGAGUGUUUGCAGGAAAACACUCCCUCGCUUAGCAUUGGGAUAUUUUAUCCAUGUGGAAAAUACAGCAGCACAGACCUUCAAAUCUCUAUUUUUGAACACAGCUCCCUCUCUCUGGGGAAUUUAGCAUACUCAAACUGAGUUCUAGCUGUGCAUCACCAACCACUGUAUAAUAUCAAAGUGUUUGCACAGCGGUUAGCUCACGGUUGUAUAUUUCUAAGAUGCCCAUAAGCUGAAGAUAUGAAAGUAUUUGGAGGCACAAAGCAGUGACAUCAAAAGAUUCUUUUAGAGCCAAAAUUUUACUCUUCGUGCAUACAGAAUCACUACAAUGAUAAAUAUGAUAAUUACAAACAAAGAGUAGGGGGUUGUUUACGAUUUACUUUGCUUGAUAAGAUGUAGUUAGCAUCCAGCUAAUUCUUUUCUGCUUUUUUUUUUUUUUAACGUUAACUCUUUGAGUUAUUAUGGAUCUCAGAGUCAGAUGAUUAAAUGAAUUUCAUUUAAGUUAAGUUAUAUGUUUUCCUUCAUAUAACUUUAUAUAACUUUCAGACUCACAGCAAAUAUGUGGAAGUGCAUGAGUGCUGGCCAUUUCACUCCUUUGCCACUUUUGCAGUUUACAAGGUUUUUUUUUUGUGUACUCCCAGUUACCUGUAAAGAAAUAUGGUCAUAGGAUUCCAAUAAUCUGCAACACCUAUGAUUCGUCACACUGAGGACAAAAACACACAAAAAACUUCAAUGUUGAUGGUGUGAAAUCACAAAGUUUAUUCUUCUUUUUUUGAAUUGGCACACUAUCAUCACCUGUUGGUAAGAAAUGAAAGUGAAGUUAGUUGAAUGGCACAGCUGACCCUAAAAACAAGGCAAACAGGUAUGUGAACAUGCCAUUAAGGCGGUGACGGCUUGGACGUGCAAUUGCUGGGAAGCAUGCCAAGCCCUAAAGAGCAGCGAGUCCUUAACUGUGCAAGAGUGAAGAAUGCUGCAGUAAGUUGUUUGUUUUUGAUUUUGUAAGUAGACAGACGGCAACAAAGAAUGUCAGGAUGAUGAAAAGAAACUGAAAUUAAGAGAGAGAGUUUAGGAGGGAAAAGGUUGAAAGUUUUUACAUGGGAUGGUGUUGUAGGUGAGAAGAAACAAAAAACAGCUGGAGUAUUAAGAUGGUAUUUUUGGUUUGACGAGAUCUGACAGCGAAAAUACAUGAACUGGACAAAAACAAACAGUGAGGUGUUAACAAGGAAAACAAAAACACUUUAGUUCGUAUGCCCACACAUGAGCUUUUCAUCUCCUGAACAGCAGCAUCUACACCCCAUUAACUCUCUCUUCAACAUUAUGUUGCAUGUGUAGGCGUAUACUUACAGCUUCUUUAUAAAGCUCUGUAUGGUUGCGUGGUUGCGUGCGUCAAUGAGUAAUGGGAGGACGAAACAAAAAGAAAGGGGGCAUAAGAGUGAGACAGUCAUCAACAGAUUGAAUAAAGCAAGAAAUGAAUAAACUCCAACUCAAAAAGCAGAAAAACAUUUAAUCAAAAGUGAGUUUCUUUAUCUAUUGCAAAUAAUUAUUUUUUUUUAAGAUUUCACAAUAGGAGCAUAUUGCACCUUAGAAGAAAUGGGAAUUAUUUAAGAUAUCUUGAGGUUUACCUCAUCAUGUUGACAGGCUUCUUAAAGCAUUUUGACUUCAUCACCAGACAACGGGACUAACAGGCAAUAAUGAACACCACACCUGCGUCGAUUCAGCAGAGGUGUUUGAGAACCCAAAGCUAUACUGCACUGAACAACCAACAUCCAGGGAACCUUUUUAAAAGACAGUCAGGUCUUUGAUGUGAAGUCCAUCGUAAACAAUCAACCCGACGUUACGAUCACACAACAACGUUGCGUGAGAAUACCACGGUGCUUUUGGUGCACCUACUGAAACCGGUGUGAGCUAUGCAUGUUUUUGAUUUCAAGCACUGGAAAAAGACUGUUAAUGUUCUCAAGGAUCUUUUGGGUGAGUUGUUCAAAGCUCAUGAGAAACCAUUAUACCCGGCUGUACCGCUGGCUCUUGUGAUUAAAAAGCAGCUCAUCUCUGUGGACACAUGGUCCAAUAGUCACUUUCAUUAGACUUUUGCAAGAACUUCUGUCACACGUUAGUUCAGUUACCUUGUAAAAGUAUGUGCUACUAUAGCUCCCUCUAAUGGCAUAAUUAUGAAAGGACGGGUUCAUAUCUUUUGCUGCAUUGAGAAAUGUCUGUCAUCGGAAUUACACACAAUCAGAGCAAAUUUGACAGCAUAACAUCAUGGCAUUUGUAUUCAAAAAGUCAUGUUGAAUUUAAAUCUGUCCUAUAAAGCCACUUGAUUUUGCCCUAAAAUGUCACUAAUGCUACAAACAGCAGUUAUUUACUGAAAUUUAGGAAAAGACUUUAUGAAAGAAAGAAAUGAAAGAUAAUGCGGAGAAAUGCCCAGCAAAAUGACAGCAUUAUAUGGUCACAAAAAUAUUUAGAGGGCAGAUUAAGCCAAUUAAAUGACCUGAAUGUCAAAAAAAUAAUCAGUCCUGACACAUUGUCACGGGUGGUAUAAUUGGAAAUUUUAAAUAUUCAAAGUUGUAAAUGAGACUUUGCUGCAGGGUUGCUUCUGCUUAUCCUUGUAAGUGUACUUAGGAAUUUUCAAAAUGUGUGGAAUCUCAGUUUGAGAUUUUAAAAAAAGUGUGCUUUGGGGCAACAACAUCUGUCCUAAUGUGUAAAAUGAAUGGACUGCUGCUUGUUCUGCCAAUAAUACAGUGUUUGUAUAUCUGGCGUAUUUUUUCUCUGUCUAUUUUUUUUAAUUCUCUGAAAUGAGCUUAUCCGUGUUGCCAUUUCUGUUAAAAGGUUUUUUUGUUUGUUUGUUUGUUUGUUUGCCUGUGGUAAUGCAAAUCUCCCAGCGGAAGGCAGAAAAGCUGCUCCUGUUCGGUGUGUCUUUAUCGUUUAUAAACGUGUUUAAUGUGUUCGGUCAGCACUGUUGUAUCCAAAAUUGUAUGAAAUCCUGAGCGAAAACGAAUCCAAAGCUAAUUCUGCUGCGUGGGUAAGCUGUGUGUUAAAUGAGUGAUGCAUUGUUGUGGGGCCAAUGCUUUGCCUCAUUGUGGGUGUUUGCCCUAAUGGCCCCCUUCCCUCACCGCCCCCUUUGCUCUUACAGACGUUUGACUUCUCUCCCGCUCUCUCAGACCAAUCGUGUUGUCUUCCAAAAGCACUAACUCCUACUUUUAUAUUCAACAAACCAACAAAGAAAGCCAUGACAUUUUUUUUUGUUCCUUUUUAAAAGGCCUUGGCUGUGGUUAGAGAGCAGGACAGACUUUGAAGACGCUUCAUGAGUGUAACCAGGGACUAAGCCACAUGUUGGACUGCUCUCGCCAAGAGCCCAAAGACGCACCAACGAUCCUCAUGUACCGGCUUUCUUGAACACUCUUCAGUGAAAGAGAAGCAAAAACCGAAGACCAGCAAUAUGCAACAAGAACUACCAGCCUGCACUCAAGGAGAUCAAAUAAACCUAUAAGGCCAUCUAACAAUUUUCCAGACUCUUUUUAUUUUAAAGCAUGCAUACUUUGGCUCUUUAAGGAUGACUCCCUCUCAGUAUCUACAGAGACAAGCCCUCGAUUCACCCUCUCUCCACUUUGACCUGUGUACAUUUCUACAACCUCUACAUGAAUCAAAGGGAAAUGUAUUAUUCUGAUAUAUUAAU